GGCGUCAGGGCUGACAUAUAAAAGGACGGCUCGUCCCGGUCCUCGACACAGCCUCUGAACAUUGAACACCACCGAUACUAAGAUGGCCGUUGCUCAUUGCGUGUUCUUCCUCCUUUGCGGGAUCUGCGGUCUGAUGACCGGAGGCAACGCUGAUGCCGUGGUGAAAGUCCCUUCCUGUCCAAAGGGCUUUACUCGCGUAGACGACCGCUGUUUCAAGUUUAUACAUUCAGAGAGAACCUUUGCUGAUGCCCAGUUAACCUGCGAAUGUCUUGGAGCGGAUCUGGCCUCGGUUACUUCCGACGUAGAAAACGAGAUCCUCCUGGAGCUCAUCACCAUUGCCAAGGGUGACCGGCUUGCAUGCACCUGGAUUGGAUACAACGACAUUAAUACGGAUGGCACCUUUGUGUGGACUGAUGGAACUCCGAGAGACUUUGAAAACUUCCGUAAUGGCGAGCCUAAUGAUAAUGGACCCCUAGACUGUGUGAAGAUAAACGGAGAUGCCGAUGCUGCUGAUCCUGUCCUUCCUACAGUGGUAUUCUGGGAUGCAGUCGACUGCGACGAAGAACAUUACUUUCUGUGCAGCAAAUGUCCCGAAUAG